UUUUAAGUGUCGUAGCGAGUGCGUCAUUUUCCUUUUGAUUGCUUAAACUACCUUUUAAACGUGUAAUUUUGUGCUCCUUGAUCUGUGUGUGUUGUAUUUUUUAUUUAAUCAGCAAGGCCCUAUAAUCAUGGACCUCAUGGACUAUAUAAGGAGCAGUCCAAGGACAUUUAUUAUCGCAGAAAUUGGACAAAACCAUCAAGGAAGCGUGGCAACAGCCAAGGAACUUAUUAAGGUGGCAAAAGAUUCCGGAGCGGAUUGCGUGAAAUUGCAAAAAACAUGCGCAAAAGAAAAAUUCACGAAAUCCGCCCUCAGUGCUCCCUACGUAGGCCCGAACUCCUGGGGUAAAACCUAUGGGGAGCACAAAGACUAUUUGGAGUUCUCUGCAGAUGAUUUUUUGGAGCUACAAGCCUACGCUAAGAAAUUAGAUAUUCAUUUGACCGCGUCCGCCAUGGACGAGGUUUCCUUGAAAUUCCUGGAGGACAUUAAAGUACCAUUCAUUAAAAUCGGAUCAGGCGACUCCAACAAUUUGUUCCUUAUUGAGGAAGCUGCCAAAAGUGGCACCCCAUUAAUUAUAUCCACUGGUAUGUCAAAUAUGCAAACGAUCGAAAAAAUAUACAAACUAGUAUCGAAAUAUCAUAAAAAGUUUGCCCUUUUACAUUGCAUCUCUGCUUAUCCCACCCCAUACGACAGUGUCCACCUAAAAGUAAUCCAAGAGAUGCAAAAAAAGUUCCAGGAUAUCAUUAUUGGUUAUUCUGGACACGAGUUGGAUCUACAUGUGACAGUUGCUGCCGUAGCUCUUGGUGCUAAAAUAAUCGAACGUCAUAUAACCCUUGAUAAGGCCCAAAAGGGUUCGGACCAUAGUUGCUCCCUCGAACCAAACGAACUUCAACUAUUAAUAAAACAAAUUAGGGAUGUUGAAUUAGCCCUGGGAGAACCGGACAAGGAGAUACGAAAGUGUGAACACGCCUGUUUCGAGAAACUGGGCAAAAGCUUAGUGUACUCGAAAAACCUUAAAGUCGGACAUGAAAUACGUAAACAGGAUCUUAAAGUUAAAGUGUCAAUUCCAAAAGGGUUUGACCCUCUGAAAUAUGAAGAGAUUUUAGGACAGAAGUUGCUUAAAGAUGUGGUAGAAGAUGAGGCCGUACAUGUAAAACAUCAUCAUAGUUUGUAAUAUGUAUUGUGAAAAUAAACUAAAGCUUCAAAU